UCCUUUCCUUAGCAGUAGUGAAACGACAUUGUAGUGUGGUUCUUGCGUUUUUCUCUUUGUCUUCCGAUGCCUUUAAAGAAAAUGAUAAAAACCGUCGUGUAUUUCGAUGUUAAACGCGAUAAAAUUAACGUAAAUUAAUGCACUGUGCCGUUUUACGUUGACUCUGUGUUAUAAAUCGUUUAAAUAUUAAAGGGUUGUUCGUAGGGUGUGUAAAAAUUGUGUGAAUGGAAUGAACCCCCGUUUUUAUUGGAGGAAUUCCUGUUUGUUUUCGUAAAUAAUUAAACGUGCAAGGAAGAUGAAGCUUUUCGGGAUUUACUGAGGAAGUUUUUUGUUGCAGUAAAAGUGAUGGCACGUCGACGAAAACUGAAGUACUCCUGAGCGCUCAUCACACUCCCAGCCAUGGAUCACAGCGUGAAAGCGAUGACGUCGCCCAGGCUGCUGGGCAGACUCCUCAAUCCGCAUCGUUUCGAAAACGACGAACUGGAGCAGCUCUACCAGCGUUACAUCUGCAAAUUGCAGCACUCGAGCGUGGUGGCGGUCGUCGCGCUUUUCGUUCUGCUGACCGCCCUCUUGGCAUGUUUAGGACUCGGUUACUCGCACGCGCCGACCACUCAAAACAUCUACCACGCGGCGCACUGCAUCCUCUUCGCGGUACUUUUGGGUUUCCUGCAUACUCGGUUCAUGCAGGACGCGUACCUGCUGUGGGUUUGUUACGCGGUUUUGUUUUUUCUCGCGACGUUCUGCGCGGUCGCGUUGCCUUUGUAUUUUUCGAGCGCGACGGCGAAGGUUGCCGCCGAAGGCACUUGGCAAGUUGUUUUCGUUGUUUUUUUGGCGUACGCGAUGAUGCCGUUAAAGGCAUGGAUAGCUGCCGUGUUCGGUUGUUUACUAUGCUGUGCCCAUGUUGCCGUGGCUUCCGUUUUUGCGAAAGGAUUACCGGAUCUCAUGUGGCAGCAGUUGAUCGCGAACGUCCUCGUUUUUAUGUGCGUGAAUAUCGUCGGAAUAUUUAUGCAUAACCUCAUGGAGCACGCCCAGAGGAAAGCCUUUUUGGAUACACGGAAUUGUAUAGCGGCCCGUUUGGAGAUGGAGGAUGAAAAUGAAAAAUUGGAGAGGCUUCUGCUUUCGGUACUACCCCAACACGUAGCGAUGGAGAUGAAAAACGACAUCAUUUCGCCCGUGGAAGGCCAGUUUCACAAAAUCUACAUACAGAAACACGAGAACGUUAGCAUUUUAUUCGCCGACAUCGUCGGGUUCACCGUCUUGGCAUCGCAGUGUACCGCUCAGGAGUUGGUACGGUUGUUGAACGAACUAUUCGGAAGAUUCGAUCAGUUAGCAAAUGAUAAUCAUUGCCUGCGAAUAAAAAUUCUGGGCGAUUGCUACUACUGCGUUUCGGGACUGCCCGAACCCCGAUCGGAUCAUGCACAUUGCACUGUGGAGAUGGGUUUGGACAUGAUCGACGCAAUUGCGAGCGUCGUCGAAGCGACCGACGUACAGUUGAACAUGAGGGUGGGUAUACAUUCGGGUAGGGUAUUGUGCGGCGUUUUGGGGCUACGAAAAUGGCAGUACGACGUUUGGUCGAACGAUGUCACUCUCGCAAACAACAUGGAGGCCGGUGGAGAACCUGGGAGGGUACACAUCACUCAGGCAACUCUUGACUACCUUGGUGGAGAGUAUGAGGUAGAAGCGGGAAUGGGCGGUACUCGAAACCAGUACCUGCGAGAUAACAGUAUCACCACUUACUUCAUAGUGCCACCGGCGAGAAGAAGAAAGCCACUCUUGUUCAACACGCUGCAGGUCCGGUCCGCUCUUGGUGCCGCGCAGAGAAGAAAGCUGAGCUUCAAGAACGUCUCGAACGUCGUCGUCCAACUGCUUCACUCGAUCAAAUACUCGAUGGAGGUUCCGUUCUCCAACAUGACCAUUCAGUCGUCGGACGCGAAGAACAGCAACACCAGGAAGGACGCGGUGCUAGACCUUCAGAGGAUACUUCAUGCGGAGCCCACCUCCUCUGGUCCAUCUGAGGACCUUUCAGACAACACUGGCAGCGAAAAUAAAGUUACAGAGAAAUUUAAGCGGCCGUUUAAAAAGCGACAUUCGAGCGUUUAUCACCAGCCCUCGAACAGAGUCAAUAAAUAUCUGGCGCAGGCGAUCGAGGCGCGAAGUGUGGACCGUGAGAAAUCCACGCACGUUAAUUUAAUUUCGCUGUGCUUUAAGGACAGACAGAAGGAGCAUCACUAUCACGGCGAAUUGGAUGUCGGAUUCGGCUCAUCUCUUGUGUGCGCUUUAGUUCUGUUGGUGCUACUGGGAGGUCUCCAGGCCGUAAUCCUUCCGAGGACUAUUAUUUUGCUAUUACUUUUUCUAACUGCUUUCGUGUGGAUAUCCGUGGUGCUUAUGCUGCUGUUGGCCGUUCGACUGAGGUGGAUUUUAUGGGACAUUUCGCAUAGUUUUGCGCUGCGUCUCGCCAUCACUGUGUUUACGAUUGUGCUGGUUUAUACAGUUGCGCAAGUCAAUGUGUUUACAUGCUCCAUCUACUCGUCCGAGAACGGGACUGUAAAUGGAAACAUUUUCGAAAGGGAUCACAGGGCCUGCCCCCUGCCUCAGUACAUCGUGCUAUCCUGCGCUCUUGGAUAUUUAGCGGUCGCUCUAUUCCUGCGACUCCCCAUCUUGUUGAAGAUUGCCUUACUAAUAAUUAUGUCGACGGUAUACGUUUUGUUAAUAGAGUUGUCGCAUAUUAAGCUAUUUUUGACUUACGACGAAGUUGUUAACUCAGGAAUUCCUGGCAUACCCGCCCACGUCGUAAGCGUCGUUGAAGUUCUAAUCUUCGUAAUAGCGGUGUUAUUGCACGGCCGUCAAGUGGAAUGGACUGUUCGUCUCGACUUUCUCUGGCAAGUACAGGCGAACGAGGAAAAAAGGGAAAUGGACGCUUUGCAACAUUCUAAUAAAAGAAUAUUGUUUAACUUGUUGCCUUCACACGUCGCGACGCACUUCCUCGAUAAUCAAUUUAGAAACAACAUGAAUACUCUAUCACAGGAACUCUACCAUCAGAGUUACUCUCGAGUAGGUGUUGUCUUUGCCUCGAUUACAAAUUAUCACGAAUUCUACACGGAACUCGACGGUAAUAAUCAAGGAGUGGAAUGUUUAAGAUUGCUCAAUGAAAUCAUUGCGGAUUUCGAUGAUCUGUUGAGCGACGAACGAUUUAAGGCGAUCGACAAGAUUAAAACGGUCGGGUCGACGUAUAUGGCGGCGAUUGGGCUCAUACCAGAUUUGCGCAUCCUAGAUGACGACGAAGUAUCUGCGGGUACGUUGCUCAGUACUUUGGUAGAGUUCGUAUUUUCGAUGCGAGAGCGACUUUUGAACAUCAACGAGAAUUCCUACAACAAUUUCAUGCUGCGCGUCGGUUUAAAUAUUGGCCCCGUGGUCGCCGGCGUUAUUGGCGCGCGCAAACCUCAGUACGACAUUUGGGGGAAUACGGUUAAUGUGGCAAGUCGAAUGGAUUCGACGGGGUUGCCCAAUCACACCCAGGUGACUGAGGAGGUAUAUCAAGUACUUAAAGGGUACCCCUACGAAUUUCAAUGUAGGGGAAAGGUGAAGGUGAAAGGUAAAGGUGAUAUGACGACUUAUUUCCUUACCGAUCGCAAGCAACCCGGUACAAUUAGAGUGGAUGAGCUGCCUAGUUUUCGAGCUGGAGCCGUAGCUUUGAACAACAUGUACGGGGGUGUAGCGACACCGUUGGCCCUUCUCCACCACGGAGAAAUAAAUGGCCGAAUGAAGCAGCAUAAUUCGUUCCAAAAACGUACCAAUAGUAGAGAAGAUACUUUUAUUGGUACGAGAAAUCCACCCCGUUUACCCACCUUGCGCGAGAGCAGUCACAAGGAACGCGAAGUACUGGUUAACGGCUGCGAGGCUGACCCACUGCUUCCACCGGCUGCUCCAAAACUAGUGAAAAAUGUAAAGAAGUUCUCCCUAGAUGAAAAUUUACCAACCCCCCCACUCCCGCCGCACAAAAACCAUUUUCAGCAGAUUCAGAGACAGUAUUCGCAACCACAAGAUAUGAACAUGAAGUACAUUCCGCCAUGGCCACAAGGGCAAAGUCCUUACUCGGUAGUAAGCAGGAGUAGUGUUGAUAACGUGAAGCCAUACUUGAAACCCCUUCCGAAGCCGCCGGGGAAAGAAUCACCUAAUCGACAUCAUCGAAAACAAAUCAAUGAACCGCCCCCGCCUCCCUACCAUGUCGUAGUGCAACCCCCUCAUCAAAGAACGCCCGAGCGAACACCCGAAAUUCUACGAAGUAAACUACAAAACCGGCACAGUCCCCUCCACAACCGCAGCCCUUUGCACAACCGAAACAGCCCCCACCACAACCGCCACAGUCCUCUACAGAGGCACUACUCGGACGAAAGCAUCGGAGGGUUGUACAACACCGGGCCGCCUCAAAGAAUACACUCAUCCGCCGACGAAAUAAGUUCCUUAAAUCACUCUCCGAGCAUUAGCAGCUCGGAUGAAAGCUACAGUCGCACGACCGACGCGGAUGUCUCGCCGUGCGUCUCCCCACCGUUACCGGCCGAACCGCAACAGUUCCUGUUUCCGUCGGACAUCCAGGUGAACCCGUGUUCGUCGCCCGAAGUGUCGCCCCGUGCUUCCCUAGAUUAUAUACCGCCGAACUGUUCGCUGCGGAACAAUUCCAACGAACGAUCGGCGAAACGAAGCAACCUGCCCCCGAACGCUCUCAUCGCUCUGGCGGGUAACGCGAACACCUUGGAUUCGUCGAUAAUUACAAGUCCGCCGGUUUUGGACGGCGAAGAAAGCGGCAAGGGCGAGAGCUGCGCCAGCUUCGAAUUUAUCGGACGAUCGAAACAGAAAGCGAUCCCCCUGAUGAAGGCGUACAGUUCCAAUGGCGCGGUGACGCGUGCGCAGGUCCAGAAGCAAAACCGCAGCAUGGAAAAACGGGCCCGGAACGAUAGCGACUCGGUGCUGGAAUGCAACAAAUUCAACGCCAACUGCAAACGAUCGCCGAGCUUUAAAGAAGGCGAGGGCAUCAAGGAUUUACUGAUUGACAAAGGGGAUUUGUACAACAAAUCGAGCUCGGAGAAGAUUAAAAAGGACGGUUGCAGUCAAACCGACAAAAAAGACAUGCGGCGAAUGCACUCGUCUCCGACCGGAGUUAGAGAUACUCCAUCUCCGAAUACCAAGGUGAAUAACACCGACGAUAAUAUCGCGGGUCCGUUUGAGAGAGAAAUACAGAAGCUUCUCGAGGAGCAAAACUUAUUGCAAAACAUCCCUCCGAAAUACGAACUGACCCCUCAAAAUAAAGAUCUCGCCUUGGAACCGCUUGUGAGGUACGCCCCUCCUAAUAAUAACACGCAUCAAGUAGGUCUAGCCGCCAUUCAAGCUCUUGCUCUGGGUUUACGUUUGAAUCCAACCGGUACUGUCACACUGCAGUGUAUUUCGCCGACCCGAGCAAGCAGCAAGGAGGGAUCGUUGAAGAGAGGUGCUCCUUCACCUGGUCCGUCCGAGUGCCAUAAGCAACAAAAGGUUUCACCUUUAGACAGAAUUCCGAAGCUCGACGGCGACGUGGACAAUGACUGUGAUAUGCCCGACGAGAUCCAUGAGUGCGAAGACACGGACAUAGAAAGCUUCGAGCGCGACGAGAAGCGUAUGGAAGAAGAAGCGGCAAGGUCUGUGGACAAAGAAUUGGUAAACUCACUAUUGGCGAGCGUUAAAUCUGUACUAACCGGCGAAAUUUUGCAGGAGGAGGAAGUGAAAAGACUGUUAGAGGAGAAGGUGCAGGAGAAAUUGCGUAAUUUAGAAAACGGGGUGGCGGGCCAGGGCCAGAACGAAGGCAGUCAGUCGGAGUGGAGCGAGGACGAGGAAGGCGGCGCUUCGGAACCUUUACUUAACGAUAGGGAGUCGACAGGUUACACUACCGACGAUCCCGCCUUGGAAAACAUAUCAAUGAUACACGAAACGGGAUUAACGGAUGCUGAAGGUGCAUUGAGUGAUGUAAAUUCAGCGUACAACGAUAACAAUCACGACGGCGACAUGGACGACAACACCAGCAUGUCGUCGCGCGCGUCGUCGCGAAUAUUCGACUCGGACGCGAUGAUGUCGCUCGACUCGCUGAGCGCCCUCUACGAUUCCGAAUACGACAACUGUUACCGUACAGACGACGACUUAAACGCCGUACCUGACCUAGAUAGACUGAACUACUUUUCGGUGCCUGCCAACGACGUACACCUUGCGAAUAUUCGAUCGAUGAGCGAGAGCAUAACUAGAAAUUUCGGACAGCCUCGUAGUGAAACCGAUCCAGACAGUGACGUUUGAGAUAAGUGAACGAAAACGGUACAGUCGCCUCAAAUAUUUUGUGAAGUAUUAAUACAAUGUUUUUAUAAUCAUUAGCGAUUAUGUGGUAGAUCAUUAUUUCAAAAUUGUGAUUUAGUUGUUAACGGUACUUGUGCAUUUUAUAUUACAUAUAAACGUUGUAGAUAAAAGGAAGAUUUGGAAUUGUGCCUCGUCACUUUUGGUUGAAUAUUAAAGUUCUUGUUUUUAAUCUUUCCACUUGUUAAUAUAAAAUUUAUUACGCCAUGGUGCUUUUAGCAUUAACAAGAACUGACAUUUUGUGAUUUUAAUAUAGGCAGCUCAUUUUAUUUAGGACUCGCCAAACAUCACUCAUUGUACAAACCAAAGAUCACAUCAGAGAGAAAAAAAAUUUUAAAGCUGUUAAGAGUCUAGGAUCAUAGUUUCAGAAAGUUUUGUACUCUAGAACUUGCAAUAAUUUUUAUUGAUGUAAUUAGUACAUAUUUAUUUUAGAUGUAAGAUUGUGUUACCAAUUCUGCAAUAUGAAGUGCUUCUACUCUUUUUUAAAUGUACUUAAGCUAUAAUUUUAUAUUAUCAACUAAUUAUUUUAUUUUACUUAAAACUGUACACAGUACAUGUUUUAUAAUGGGCGUGCGUCUGCCAAAAUGUUUGGCAGUGUAUGCUCGUUAGAGAGUUUUCUGUGAUCACUAAUAACACUAACUCUAAAUGUAGCACUUUUUAA